GUAAAACCAGUCCAAAAACACUUUGAUUAGUAUUAUUAUUUUCUUAAGUCAAAUCCAAUCUAACAUUAACCUUGUAAAUCGAAAUUUUGUUUUGCUUUUUUUUUUUUAAAAAUGAUAUAUUUGGUCUCCUUGGAACGAGCCAACCAACCAGUCUUCUUUAAUCUCUCAGGCUGAAUAAAACACAAAUUAAAAACAAAGAAAGAAAAAGAGAAACACCAAAGAACUGUGCAAGUUCAAGAAACAAUUAAUAGUUGAUCAAAAGCUUUUCUUGCAUGAGUGAUUAUAUUUAAUCCUUAACACACCAUCCCUUAAUCUCUUCUUAAAUACCCGUUCAACAAGCUCUCUUCUCAUUCAUCUCACUCUCCUCUCAACAACAUUUUUUCUCCAAUGGCUUCUUUUGCUCUGUUCCUCUUUACUCUCCUUGUCCUUUCAAGUUCAUGUUGCCAUGCAAUUGGUAACAACAAAACAUUGUUAUCACUCGCAAGCAGGAUUGGGAUCAACUAUGGAAAAUUAGGCAACAAUCUCCCUUCUCCUUACCAAUCAAUCAACCUCAUCAGAUCCAUUAAAGCAGGUCACGUCAAGCUCUACGACGCCGAUCCAGAAACCCUAAAGAUCCUCUCUCAAACCAAUCUCUAUGUGACGAUCAUGGUCCCUAACGACCAAAUCAUUUCAGUCGGCGCCGAUCAAGCCGCCGCAGACAAUUGGAUCAACACAAACGUCAUUCCUUAUUACCCGCAAACCAAAAUCAGAUUCGUCCUCGUCGGAAACGAAAUCCUCAGCUACAGUUCCGACCAAGACAAGAAAAUCUGGUCGAGUCUCGUCCCUGCGAUGCGUAAAAUCGUGAACUCUCUUAGAGCAAAAGGGAUUCACAACAUCAAAGUCGGGACACCACUCGCCAUGGAUGCUCUACGGUCGAGUUUUCCUCCGUCGAGGGGAACAUUCCGGGAAGAAAUCUCCGGUCCGGUGAUGUUGCCGUUGCUGAAGUUUCUCAACGGGACAAACUCUUUCUUCUUCCUCGAUGUUUACCCUUACUUCCCUUGGUCCAUUGAUCCGGUUAACAACCAUUUGGAUUUUGCUCUGUUCGAAUCGAAUUCGACUUAUACCGACCCUCAAACCGGUUUGGUUUACACCAAUCUGUUAGACCAGAUGCUCGAUUCGGUUAUCUUCGCAAUGACCAAGCUAGGUUACCCCAACAUCCGUCUCGCGAUUUCCGAAACCGGGUGGCCUAAUGCCGGCGAUAUCGACGAAACUGGAGCCAAUGUUCUCAACGCCGCGACAUAUAACCGGAAUCUGAUUAGGAAGAUGACUGCUAACCCGCCACUCGGUACACCAGCUAGACGUGGUUCACCUAUACCGACGUUUUUGUUCUCACUGUUCAAUGAAAACCAGAAACCCGGUUCGGGAACCGAGAGGCAUUGGGGAAUAUUGAAUCCUGACGGUACCCAGAUCUACGACAUCGAUUUCAGUGGUACAAGACCGGUUUCUAGUUUUGGUUCGUUGCCUAAACCGAGUAACAAUGUUCCGUUCAAGGGGAAUGUUUGGUGUGUGGCGGUCGAAGGGGCUAGUGAGGCGGAGUUAGGGCAGGCUCUAAACAUCGCUUGCGGGAGAAGCAACGCCACGUGUGCAGCUUUGGCGCCGGGGAGAGAGUGUUACGCGCCAGUUUCGGUUACUUGGCACGCAAGCUAUGCGUUUAGCUCGUUCUGGGCUGAGUUCCGGAACCAAAGCUCUCGAUGCUACUUCAACGGCUUAGCGCGUGAGACCACUACCAACCCAGGAAAUGAGCGUUGCAAGUUCCCUAGCGUUGCCCUGUGAGACUGCCACAAGAGUCGAGACUAAGGCUUAUGGAGAUUGCCACAAGAGUCAAGAAGCAAAAGCUGGAUAAUUCGUAUUAAGUCAAUCUAAUUCUUGAUCAUUAUUAUUCUCCAUUUUAUUCCAAGUUUGUACUGCUUUGCUUCCCAUUGUUGAGAAAGAACAAAUAAUCAAUGUUACUAAUAUUUUAAAGUGAAUAUUGAAUCCUGUUUCAUGCCUCAUCUAUCCAGUAAUAUGUUGCUGAUUUAACGUUUU